AUGAUUCGCUUGUUCAAAGUUAAGGAACAGCAGAGGGAACAAGCUGAGAAUGCCAAUGGAGGCAUACCUGUUAAAAAGCAAAGUGCUGGAGAACUUCGCCUUCACAAGGACAUUUCUGAGUUGAACCUGCCAAAAUCAUGUGCCAUAACAUUCCCUAAUGGCAAGGAUGACCUGAUGAGCUUUGAGGUCACAAUUAAACCUGAUGAAGGAUAUUAUGCAGGUGGAACGUUUUUGUUCUCUUUUCAAGUUUCUCCUAUCUAUCCUCACGAGGCACCAAAAGUGAAAUGCAAGACUAAGGUAUACCAUCCGAACAUCGACUUGGAGGGGAAUGUUUGUCUCAACAUCCUGCGAGAAGACUGGAAACCUGUUCUUAACAUUAACACUAUUAUCUAUGGGCUGUACCAUUUAUUCACGGAGCCAAACUACGAGGAUCCCCUUAACCAUGAAGCUGCUGCAGUGCUGAGGGAUAACCCGAAGAUGUUCGAGACAAAUGUGAGGAGGGCUAUGACCGGUGGUUACGUUGGCCAAACUUAUUUCACGCGCUGUAUGUGAGAGGCUGGGUCAGUCCGCUGUUUAAUAUCUCUGUUUUGCACAGCUGCAGCUCCUCUCCCAUACAUUUGCCAGUGUCCCUAAAUGUGACAAUCUUGAAUACCCCAUGAUGGUUGUAAAAUUCUCUUCAAAUUAACAUGUGUCACUCUGCUUUUGCAACGGGUUGAGAUUGGGCGCAGCAUUGUUAGUUCCUUCAAUCCCAGCCAUUGUAUGUUUGGAGUUUGGACGCGUCAUUAUCAAGUUAAAUGCGCAUCAACUUAAUUUGGGCAAAUUCUCGUCUUCUUUUGCCUCAUAUAGAGGAUUCUACUUUACUGUUAUGUCGACUUCUGAAUUCAACGAGAUAAACUAAACUGAAG